AUGGUGAAACAUGCCGCAUUCAUGCGCCGGAAGGAGAAGAAGGUCGAGGCGCCCGCGCCGAGCGCGCCCGCCGCGCCGGCGCCGACCGCGCCCGCGCCGGCGCCCGCCGCGCCCGCGCCGCCGCCGCCGAAACCCAAGCCUAAGGCGUCCUGGGGCGCGCCGUCGCCCGCGCCGACCGCGUCAAAACCCAAGGCCUCGUGGGCCGCGCCGUCGCCGAAGCCGACGGCGUCGCCGGGCGCCGCCGCGCCCCGCAAGGCGUCCUGGGGCGCCGCCCUCGGCGGCGCGAACAAGCCGAAGCUCAGCUGGAGCCAGCUCGGCGGCGCGGCCAAAACCAAAGCCAAGGAUAUACGUAUCGGCGACGCGCCGCCUCCCAAGGCCUCCUGGGGCAGCGCGCUCGGGAAAGAACGUACGAACUCCGAGGAGAGCCCGCGCAGCGUCGUCUCGAGCCCCGUCCAGGCGAAGGAGGCCACCUCCACGAAGCGAGGCUGGGGCGACGCGACUGGUAACCCUGUCAAGAGACAAAAGACGGAAGACCCGGAGAGCUGCGUGGUUUUAGCGUGCAAGUACGACACGCCGAACAGGAACAAGGACUGUCCCGACCACGUGCGGUUGGACGCGUUGCAGAAACUGUACCCUUCGUUUCGGGUCGUCGGGUGCUCGGAGUAUCGCCCGGGGCCCAAGUCCUUAGAUUCAAAGUCGGGCAAGGCCGACGACGUCAUCAUGGGCCAAGCUAACACAAAGGAGGACACGCACAUCUCCGCGAAUUUCAAGAAGACGCUACGGGAGAUCUUGCGGGGGCGGAACCCGAAAGUGCUCAUGUUGGACUACUUCUGGCUCCAGCCGGGCUACUACGAGGAGCGAUAUGGGAUGAAUUUUUUAUCAUCAAAGGUGGAUUCCGAUGUGGGAUCUAAGAUAAGAGAACUGUUCAUAUCGCACCAGUGCCAGGUCAUGCUGCUACCAUGCGACUCGCGGGGCGCGGUGCGGGAAAUGUACAAGAACUCGUUUGAUGACCGGCCGGACUGCGUCUGCAUCGACUUCGUCGAUGAAAGGGAUGGCCUGAAGCACCAUCCUCUCGUCAGGGCGACGCGGCAUAUCGAUAGUGAAUUGAAGGACCUCGCGAAGCGCGUCCAACACUCCAAAGGCAGGUGGCACGACAUGCAGAUGUUAAGGUUACAAAAUCCGGAGCCCUUCCUCGUGGCCUACCGGAAAGGUUUAGAUUGGCGCGCGUAUUUGGAUGAAAGAUGCAUCCUGGGCGUCGCCGCGGAGCCGUCUCCCCUGGAGAUCCGGCCGCCGCCGCCUCCAACGACAACAAAAAAGCGGCGGUCGCGGUCUACUACUCCGCCAGUGGUUGUUAGUGCUCCCGCGGACGUGUCCUCGGACGACGAGCCCGUCGGGUUGAUCAUAGCGAGGCAGGGCGGCGACGUGUCGUCGGACGACGAGCCCGUGGGGCUGUUGGUGCCGGCGAGCGCCUGA